AUGAGUCACGACUCACCUACCCCCCACCUCCCUUCCCUCACUCCCUCUUGUCUUCGUGUUCCCAUCCGCCCGCAACCCCCCUUGCCCUCCUCCCCCGACCUGGCGCAUUCUCACCCCCUACGGCUGGGGAACGAACAGAUAGCACACCAGCCCCUCCCGUCUCCCCUUCCUCGCAUCCAGCUGUCUGUCUCACCUCCCCAUUCUGCCCGCAUCCUCCCCCCAUGCGCCCGCAUCUUCGCCCCAUCCGCCCGCAUCUUUCCCCUAUCCGCCCGCAUCUUCCCCCCAUCCGCCCGCAUCUUUCCCCCAUCCGCCCGCGUCUCCCCCCUAUCCGCCUGCGCAGCCCUCCCGCGGCGGUCGCUGGUGCCUCUCCCCCAGUCAGUGCCGCCUACGGGCCGACACAGAGCUGGGGUCGACCAAGGCCUCUUCCCCACCCUCCUCCUACCCCCCUCCCCAAACAUUCCUCCUCUUUCUACUCCAACCCCCCGUUCCCUUCCCUCAGAUCUCAACAAUCUCAACAACAAGGGUCUGAAGCAAGCGAAUUCCGUCCUCCUUACAGGCUGCUCCGCUGGCGCUAUAGCGGUGUCGAUGGCGUGUGAUGCCAUGGCUCAGUUCCACUUCCCUCGUACCGCCAAAGUCAAAUGCCUCAUGGACGCUGGCUUCUUCAUGGACACCCCGGACAUCACCGGGCAGUACAGCUUUCGAGGCAUUGUGCAGCGAAUGUUUCGAUUCCAUUCCAUGACUGCCGCUGCUGACGAUGAUUGUCGCACGGUCUUGUUCAUCCUUCAUCUCACUCCUUUCCCUUUUCCUCUCUUCAUUCCCUCUCUCUCUUCCAUUAAAUCCUUCCCUCCCCAGUUUUGA